AUGGCGCAAUUCGAUCCUAUAGGAUUUCUCACUCCGAUCACCGUGUGCGGGAAGAUGCUGGUUCAAGAUCUUUGGCGGACAGGUUGUGACUGGGAUGAUAAAAUCGACGAGGUAUCUUUCACGAAGUGGCAAUGUUGGAUACAGAUGAUGCGAGAUAUUGGAUCGUUCAGACUGCCUCGGAGUUACUUUGGGAAUGCCAAGUCAGGCGAAAUAACGGACUUGCAACUUCACGUAUUUGCUGAUGCGAGUGAGACAGCGUACGGAUGCGUGGCGUAUUUUCGCGCCAUUGUUCGUGGAGAGGUGAGGUGUGCCCUGGUUAUGAGUCGGUCCAAGGUGGCCCCACUGAAGCAAAUCUCGAUCCCUCGCCUAGAACUUCUUGCGGCUGUCCUUGGAGCUCGGUUGUCACGGACGGUGCUGGAGAGCCACAGCUUUAAGGUUGAUAGAGUGGUAUACUGGAUCGACGCAAGCGUGGUACUGUCGUGGAUUCGGUCUGAUCAGCGCAGAUACAAACAGUUUGUCGGAUUUAGGAUCGGAGAAAUACUUAGCCUGACAAAGCUGACGGACUGGCGCUGGGUUCCGACAAGGUUAAACGUAGCAGACCAGCUUACGAAGUGGGGUAAGGACCCAGAAAUGCAUCCGGAUAGCACGUGGGUUCGAGGUCCUUCCUUUUUGUACAAGAGAGUAGAAGAGUGGCCGAAAAAGGAAUUACCGCCAGCAAACUCAACGGAGGAGCUACGCGUUCAUUUGUUGCUGCACGAUGUGAAGGUACCGGAUGUUCUCGUGGACGCUCUUCGCUUUUCCAAGUGGACAGUACUGGUACGUACGAUGGCCUGCGUAUUCCGUUUUGUGUCUAACGGCAGGAGGAAGAUUCAAGGGCUGCCGAUUGAGACUCUGCGAGCAACAGGCAGACAGUUAAAAGUGCUGAAGCAGAGGUUCGCUGCGUCGGUUCACAUACCGUUGCAGCAGAACGAGUAUGAGAAAGCGGAAUUGUUUCUGAUGAAGACGGCGCAGGCUGAAUGCUUUAUAGAUGAAGGUACUCAAGAGGAACAAGGAUCGCCCGGUAAAUCAGUGGAUGGCGCUGGAGAAGUCCAGUCCGCUGUACAAGCUAACACCGUUGGUCGAUGCAAAAGGAUUACCAGAUUGAUUGUCCAGUACUACCACGAGAAGAGCGGUCAUGGGUACCGUCAAGCGGUGAAGAACGAACUGAGGCAACUGUACUAUAUUCCGCACGUGGAUGCAGUAGUUCGGAAGGUGUCGUCGUUAUGCGUUUGGUGCAAGGUACACCGUAGUCGACCUCAAGUUCCACGUAUGGCUCCGCUGCCGGUGCAGAGGCUCACGCCGAAUCUUCGCCCGUUUAGUUACGUCGGUGUGGAUUACCUGGGACCGAUCGAGGUGACCGUUGGUCGCAGGACGGAGAAACGGUGGAUAGCGUUGUUCACCUGGAAGUGGCUCAUGGAUUGA